GUAACUAGUUAUUUUCAUACUCGAAUUUCAGAAUCAAAUUUGAAAUCUCCGUCAGCGGAAGAAAUUUCAGAACUAAUAGAAACAGUAGCACGAACUUGGCCACCAGGUCGUCUCAAGGAAUUUCCCGAUCUCAAAUUCCAAUAUGAAGAAGAAUCUGAAUCACAGGAAUUCUUUUGCCCAUAUGUAUGGGCCCUCAUAUAUCGACACACCUGGAUUUAUUGGGAUGAAGAAAAAGCACGUAUUUUACAUGAUUAUAUUACG